GCAAACAUCCAAUCCUCUUCUUUCAUUGAAGUUGUACAAGGCGCCGUUUAAAGGCGCUCCACAACACAAGCCCACCAACUUUACAUGACUGUACUCCACAGGACGAGCGCGUGCCACAUGUGAACUUCGCCGUAGUUGCCUUUUUGCAAGGGACGCAAGAAUGGCCGUGCUCAAUCAUUUUACCGUUGCUUGCUGUAAGUCUUUGCACGGCGAUCUUCUGAAUAAGCAUCUGGUGGUCACGUUGCGCGCUUUGCACAAGUCGGCGUCCGGCGAAACUUUGGGGAUCCCCGUGUCAACCGGAGAGGACAGCGUGUCCUCAGGUCUCAUCAGAGCGCCUCAGCUCACUGACAAAAAAGUAAGAGUCAAGAGUUUGAAAGAGAUGCCUGGACCCAGCACCACGUCCAACCUCGUCGAGUUCUUCUGGAGAGAUGGUUUUAGUAGAAUUCAUCAAAUUCAGAUGGAGCAGAGCAAAAAGUAUGGGAAAAUCUUCAAAUCCCGUUUUGGGCCUCAACUGGUGGUCUCCAUUGCUUGUCGCGAUCUGGUGGCGGAGGUGCUGAGGGCAGAAGGUGUGGCUCCACAGAGAGCCAACAUGGAGUCAUGGAAAGAGUACAGAGACAUGAGAGGACGUUCAACAGGCCUCAUCUCUGCGGAGGGAGAGGAUUGGCUGAAAAUGCGAAGUGUUCUAAGGCAGCUCAUCAUGCGCCCCCGCGAUGUAGCAGUCUUCUCCGAUGAUAUUAACAAGGUGGUAGACGACCUGAUAAAGAGAGUUUGCAUUGUACGCAGCCAGGGGGUGGACGGAGCAACUGUGGUUAAUGUGAAUGACCUCUUUUUCAAAUAUGCCAUGGAAGGUAUAGCAGCCAUUUUGUAUGAGAAUCGUUUAGGUUGUCUGGAAAAUGAGAUUCCCCAGGAAACACAAAACUACAUCAGUGCACUGCACCUCAUGUUCAGUUCCUUCAAGACCACCAUGUACGCUGGGGCCAUCCCCAAGUGGCUGAGGCCUAUCAUCCCUAAACCUUGGGAGGAGUUCUGCUUCUCCUGGGAUGGCCUCUUCAAAUUCAGCGUUAUUCACAUUGAUAAGAGGCUCAGUGAGAUCAAGGCCCAGCUUGAGCAGGGAGAGGAGGUGAAGGGGGGACUGCUCACACACAUGCUCGUCACCAAGGAGAUGAGUAUGGAGGAAAUCUACGCCAAUGCAACAGAGAUGUUACUUGCUGGGGUCGACACGACAUCCUUCACCCUGUCUUGGGCCAGCUACCUGUUAGCACGGCACCCUCAAAUCCAAGAGCAAAUCUAUACAGAGGUGGUAAGGACUUUGGGACCCCGAACUGUUGCCGUGGCCGAAGACAUACCUCGCCUGCCUCUAAUCAGAGGGCUGGUCAAAGAGACUCUCAGGCUUUUUCCAGUUCUCCCAGGCAAUGGACGGAUUACCCAGGAUGACUUGGUGGUGGGCGGAUAUUACAUCCCCAAAGGGACUCAGUUGGCUCUGUGCCACUAUUCCACUUCUUUGGACGAGGAUAACUUUCCUGAUGCUUUAGACUUCAGACCAGAUCGCUGGAUAAGGAAAGAUUCCUCAAGCCGUGUCGACAACUUUGGCUCCAUUCCCUUUGGCUACGGUAUCAGGAGCUGCAUUGGCAAGAGAAUAGCUGAGUUAGAAAUGCAUCUAGUUCUGACAAGGCUCAUCCAAAAGUUUCACAUUGGCACGUCUCCUCUCACUGCUGAUGUGAAGGCCAAAACCCAUGGUCUUCUCUGUCCUGCAAACCCUAUUCACCUGCAGUUCAUUGACAGAGACAAUUAGAAGAAAAUUUCUUUCUGCAAGGUCUACUGUAUUGUGUAUUUUUCACAUUUUUAUUUUAGAAAGACUGCUUUCUGCACAUAGUCUGAUGUUUUUUUUUUUUUUUGUACUGAGGUUUUACUCGGGCAACAAAUAAAGGACACACAUGAUACUGGACCAAUAAUAAGUCAAAUACUGUAUCUAUGUUUAUCAUUUUCCAAUUUAGAUCAAACUAGCUGUAAGUUAACUCAUUUUAUAUGUGCAAAAUGAUAUGUUACCAAUCCAUAGUCACACUGUACCCUUGAAAAUUAAUGGUUUUGUAUGCGAUAAUUUUAAGCACAUUUUCAAAUGUAUUGUUUUCUCAGUGUUUGACAAAUAGUCUCAUGAUGAAUGGAUUGUAGAUGGUAAACAGUGAAUGAGCUUUUUUUCCCCAUAAGAAAUGCAUAUGAUUAUUUUAUUUUGCUGACUGUUGUGUGUGUUCUAAAUUACGUACUAUUUUUUAUUUUUUUUUCUGCCAAGUAUUACCGGUAUACCUUUUAUUUCAUUCUUCAUUCAGAAAAGAUUUAAUGCUGUAAUGUACUGUAUGUAUGUAUAUGGAAAAAGUAAUGGUAAUCUAAUUGAUGAUCGAUAGAGGGAAAAUAUUUGUAACAUUCUCAACUGUGAAACACAUGAAUUAUAGGCAGUUUAUGUUUUUGUAUGCACUGUAUUAGGACAAAACGGAUGCUUAAAACUGAUGUAUUUUCAAGAUAAUGCAUAUAUAUCAAAGGAA